AGGCUUUGACCUUGCCGAGGCAUCUUGUUUACGUGCUUUGCCACCCAUGUUCACACAAUCGGCUCACGUCCAUCAUUUUGAGGCGCGAUCGAUAUGCCACAUGUUGUGGCAAACGAUACGACUGCUUUGACCCAAUGACACCCCUUGAACGUCAGAUAGACUUGACUGUCAUUGUGCCACCGUCUCUUUGUCCCCCAGUCUGGCUUUAAAAGCUCUCCCAUCCCUCACAAGUAACACUCAUUCCAUCUCACUUUCACAUUCUCACUUGACAUGACCACGAACACCACGGCACAAUCACUGAUCCCUACCAGUGCCACUGCGACAUCAAGCGCUCUCGAGCACCCAAGAAGUUCCACGCCAUCGCCCUUAGAACUAAACACCAUCGUUUCCGAAUGCGACACAUCUUCCAAAACUCUUCUUGAUGAUCAUUCCCCACAUGUUGUCGAGAACCACUCGUCUCCCAGGGCGUUUUACCGCUCCCGAUAUGGUGUCUUCGAAGUCGACCUGACCGAUCCACUCCAGCCAAAAGCUCUUCUUACCCACCAAAGGAUUCCAACCCGUCCCAAUCCUCAUCCCAUUUUCCGCAGACGCACUCCAUCCUCCCCCGGCGAUGUUGACAUGGAGCAGCUGGUAAAGGAGCGACUUAGAAAGAAGAUUGACGCGCCCGGACCAUUCACACCUCUUGAGAUGCUUCAUCAAGGCGAUAAAGUAUCAGCACAUGCUGUCUAUGACCAGUGCACAUCAUCCGUGAUUUGCUUGAAGGUUGUCGAUAAGACGAACAAGGACAAGGAAGACCGUACGCGAGCACUCCGGUACGAGCUCAAGGCGUACCAGAGGAUCUCGAGAUACGAACGCUCUCCGUAUGUUAUGCAGCUCGAAGGUGUAUUCCAAGACCAAGAGGCCGCCUAUUUUGCCAUGGAAUUAAUGCCUCUUGACCUACAUGCAGCGACAGAGGUACUCUUGACGCCGGCUGUCACGCGUCGGUGGCUAGCACAAGCAGCAGCUGGCAUUCACGCUCUGCACUGUAUGGGGAUCAUCCAUCGCGAUGUGAAGCCAGAAAACUUCCUCAUUGAUCAAAUGGGUAACACACGAAUCUCCGAUUUUGGUUGCGCACUUGUACUUGAUAGUCGCCUGGAGGACUGUAUACCCUCCUCACGCGAAUUAUGUGGGACGCAUGGGUAUAUGGCGCCUGAGAUGCUUACCGCGGCGUCGCUGCAGGAAUGGGCUGGCGAGGCAGUCGACGAGGAGGAGUACAAGCUCUUCAAUCCUUGGGGUGGGUACGGGAACGAAGUCGAUUGGUGGGGCCUUGGAUGCACUUUCUUCGAGAUGCUCACCACACAGCGCUUGUUCUGUAGGAAAAAAGACAUGAAAGAUUAUAUCACCUACUGUAAGAUGGGUGAUCUUCAAUAUCUGACUGAGCGAGCGCAAGUCCAUGUUGUAAACGCUCUCGAGGACGGGGCCGAUAGGGUCCUGGUCGGGCUGCUUGACAUCAAUCCAGCCACACGUUUCACCUGGGACGGCAUCCAGCAGGAAUUGUUCUUCAUCAGCGCAGGUGUGAAUGAAUUCGAUGUCCUCGAACGAUGUAGUCCGGACGUGAAACGCUUUCGCGCCUCGAAGAAUCUUUGCGCUCAGCUUCCCAUCACAAACGAUGUUCCGUCGCAAGACCUCUUCUCGAUCACAGAAGCAGAGAUUGCGCGCACGCGAAAAUCUGACCGCUCUCAGUAUCUCCAUCUCGGAGACCGUGAUCAGCAGCAGUUGGACAAGGUGUGGAAGGAUUUUGGAUGGAUCAAUCCCUAUGGGAUGUGGAGGUCCUAUCGACAAUUCAAUGCUUGAAGGGAUAGGCAUCCGUUCAUCAAUCCUCUGCCCUUUCAGUGUUUCUUCCGGUAUGUCACCUUGCUGGCUAGUUUAUUGGUAUGAAAUUAUGAACCUAUGACUUUAUUUCACUCGCUUUGCCAUCUCGUCAUGAUGUUUUUCAUUUUUUAAUGUUGUAUCAUCGCAGUAGUGUAGAAGAUACAACUGUCACAUUCCCUGUAGCAUAGCAUAUACUAUAGCCCCAAAAUUG